UCCCUGAUAAAACAGCUGCCACUUGCUUGAGCCAGACACAGAGGGAAGCAGGUCCUGCCAGGGACACAGGGGAACUGAUCAAGCCUCUUGGGGGACUUUCCAUUCACCAUUAUCUGGAAACGCAGCUUUAGUAUAAGGAAAGCCGUCAUAGGCAUACCAGAGGAACUGUCGUCAUACUCUUAAAGACAGCUGCAGUCUGCCGUCGAUAAACCCAAAGAUACAAACACAAUCCAAGAGACUAGAGAGAUCCUAAAAACAAUAAGGAGGACAACUGAAGGCAACUCCAUACACACAUUGAGUGGACAGAGAAGAUGGAAAACAACGUCAUGAAGUUAUCUAAGGAGGCUAAUAGUGAAAAAAGGAUUGAGGCUGAUCUACCUUUACCACCUCCUCCAGAAUCAACACAUCCUUCAGUGACAGUAAUUGGAGCACAAGAACAAAGUUUUAUGCCUCCACCUCCCCCAAAAGAGACAUUUUCCAAGUUCUAUGAGCAGCGGCAAGUAAAUGAGUUAAAAAGACUUUAUCGUCACAUGCAUCCAGAACUAAGGAAGAACUUGGAGCAUGUUGUGACCAGGGACAUUUCUGAAUUGUUAAGUACUGAUGAAUCUAAUCAACAAGGUUCAGUCAAUCUGGAUUCAGUGCUACCUGGAGAGGUACAAUCCAUGCGUUGGAUCUUUGAGAAUUGGAAUUUGGAUACCAUUGGUGAACACCAAGGUAGUAGAAAAUUAACUGAAGAAGAGGCUGUACUUGGUGGCAAUGUCAAAAAUACAUCUCGUAUGUUUCAAGGCCAGACAUGCACUGAUGGCAAUAGGUCCUCAUCUGCAGUGCUUGAUCAGUCAAGAGGUGAUGUGAAGACAGCUUUGUGGUUGUUUGAAACACAGCCCCUUAAUUCAUUAAAUAAAACCUAUCAAGAUGACACAGAUGUCCAGGAAGCAGUUUUGAAAGAUCCUAUUGAAAAAGGUGAUGUGAAGGGCACCAAAGUCCUCUUUGAGACACAAUCUUUAGAUGAAGUUGGACGCUGUAACUCUAUAGAAGAAAAUAGCAUUCUCCAUCUAAAAUCUGAAAUUCAAGAACUGAAGGGAGAUGUGAACAAAACCAUAAAACUUUUUCAGACUGAGCCUUUGUGCGCAAUUAGAGAUACAACUGGAAAUAUUCAUGAAAUUAAAUCUAUUUGUAGAGAGGAUACACAGAGCAAUAGUGUAAACACAUCAAGAUGGUUGUUUGAAACUCAGCCUUUGGAUGCUAUUCACAAGGAUACCUCAAAUGUUCAGCUUAUUAGAGGUAUUUCGUUGGAAGAGAUUGCAAAGGGAGGUGUAAAUGCAGCCAAGUGGAUAUUUGAAACUCAACCCUUGGACACAAUAAAAGAACACAUGGAAGAUGGUGUAUUCCAGGCAUCUGUGGACACUAUACAAGGAGUAGAUGUGAGCAAGCAAAGCAGUAUAUUUGAGAAGCAAUCUCUUGACUCCAUUAACAGUAACAAUAAUAGUAAAAUCACCACUACAGAAGAUGUAUUUGCUGGUGACGUGAAGUCCACUUUGUGGCUAUUUGAAACACAACCAAUGGAAACACUCAAAGGCAAUUUUGAAGUUGGUCAGCUAAAAAAGGUUGAGCUUUUAAACGAAGAAAAGGGGAAUGUUAAGCAAAGGAAACACAUUUUUGAGACAUGUUCAUUAGACAAAGUGUCCAACAAAGAAGAUGAAUCAAGAGAACAAUAUGGAAUAGACACAAAAGAAAUUAUAAAGGGAGAUGUGAAGUCAUAUAAAAACCUGUUUGAAACACUUCCCUUGGAUAAUAUUAAAAACAACAGGAGUGUUCACAUCUCUAAUCAAGAUGACAUAAAGUUGGGGAAUGUGAAGGCACAUCAAACUUUGUUUGAAACCACACCACUUUAUGCUAUCGAAGACAGUUUGGGCAAUUAUCAUGAAGUCACAUCUGUCAGUCGGGAGCAAGUAAUAAGUGGAGAUGUUAAAAAAUAUCAAUGGAUGUUUGAAACAAAACCUUUAGAUCAGUGUAAUGACAGUGUUCAAAAAGUGGAUAUCAUUAAAGGAAUCACAAAGCAAGAGGUUGUUUCUGGUGAUGUGGCAACAGCUAGGUGGCUCUUCGAAACUCAACCUGUUGAUGUCAUUCAUCAGGAAAAGAAGGAAGAGUGCGCAAUUCAAAAAGAAGUCUUAGAAAAAGGUGAUGUUAAGAAGUGUCAAUGGCUCUUUGAAACCCAACCUAUUGACAUGUUAUAUGACAAAUCAGACAAAACCCAAGAAAAAGAAACUCUUGUUCAAGGUAAUGUUAAGUCUUACACUUGGAUGUUUGAAAGUCAACCAUUAGAUUCCAUCAGAGACUCAGAAGGACAUUAUAUAAAAAUGAACAUUGCUUCACAAGAUAAUUUGGAAGGUGUUAAUGUAAAAACCACAAAACACCUUUUUGAGACUGAACCUUUGGACAGCAUUUCCUCUGCUGGCGAAUUAAAAAAGAUGAUCAGGUAUUCAAGCAGAGUUGAAAUCCAAUCAGGAGAAGUCUCUAGAGUGAAGGAGGUUUUUGAAUCUAAACCAAAAGAAUGUGUAUCGAAAGCAGAUAUUACAAGAGAAGAAAACAUACAGGCUGGUUCUGUAAAUAAAUUCACAUGGCUUUUUGAAAACUGUGCAAUGGACUCUUUGAUAAUGAACAAAGACAGUUCUCAAGAAUUACCCCCCAAAAACACUAUCCAAGGUGGGGAUGUUGGAGGGGAAAAUUUUAUUUUUGAAACAUAUUCUUUGGAUCAGAUCCAACAGGAUUCACAAAAUAAGGACAUUGGCAAAGUCGAAGAAGCUCUCACCAGAGGAGAUGUGAAGUCAUGUACAAUGCGUUUCGAAACCAUGCCUCUAUAUGCUAUCCAAGACCAAGGAGGGGAAUACCAUGAGGUCACAUCAGUAAAGAAGGAAGAAAUCCAGAAAGGGGAUGUAAGAGGUGCAAAAUGGUUAUUUGAAACAAAACCUCUUGAUAGGAUCAAUAAGGAUGAGGAAGUUUUUGUCAUCAGAGCAGUGACACAAGAAGAUAUUGAGAAAGGCUGUGUCAAGGCUGCAAGGUGGAGAUUUGAGACAGAACCACUGGAUUCUAUCACAGAUAUUGGGAAGAACAUCAGGAGAACAGUUGAUGAUAUUCAAAAGGGUGAUAUCCAACUAAACAAGCAGCUCUUCGAAUCACAACAAGUGAAUCAGAAGAAGUAUGUCAGGCUGGUUAGUGUCAGUGAUGUACAAAAGGGAAAUGUGAGGACUUCUACAUGGCUCUUUGAAAAUCAACCUAUUGAUUCUUUAAAAGGAGAGGAUCAAGAGCAUUGUGGUAUUAUAAAAGUUCAAAGAGAAGAUAAUCAAAAAGGAGAUGUUAAGAGAUGCACCUGGCUAUUUGAGUCUGAACCACUAGAUAGCCUGAAAGAUACUGAAAGACCAGCUGCUCCUCAAACCAUGGAAGAUAUUCCCAAGGCUAAUGUAAAAAGCACCACUUGGCUGUUUGAAAGUACACCGCUAGACGAAUUUGACUUUAAACACUCAACCAGCAUUGAGCAAAAAGAAAUAAGUGUAAAGGAUAUCCUUAAUGCCUUCUUUUCCUACCAAAUAAUUCAGCAUGCAGGAAUUGUCAUAGAAAAUAUCAAUGGUAAGUCUGUAAACAUGAUAAAAUAUCAGUUAUCGGCCCAGACAACUGAGAUUCAGAAAGAAGAAACUGUGGGUGGCAACCUGCAAAGAAUAUUAUUACAGUUACUCCACAGAGCUGAUGUUGAGCCCCAUGGUCUUCUUGUGGAGGAAAACAGUAGUGGACAACUUCAUGUAACCAAGAUGAAUCUACUGGAUCAAGCUCAGCCAGCAGGACAGGAAGAAGAAUAUGUCAACGAUGACAUAGCUCAAGCCUUCAAAGCACUGUCAAAUGAAGACGAUUGCAUGAAGACUGGUAUUAUAAUGGAGGAAUCUGCCAGUGGUUCUGUGAAAAUUAUUAUCUAUUCUAUAUCAUCACACUGUACAUUUAGUGUGGCUGAGGACAAUAUUGUCAAAGGAGAUGUCAAAUCAACAAUUGGAAAUCUGCUGGCUUGCAGCCAAGAAAGCAAACGAAAGGUCUCUGUAACACGUGAGCAAAAUGAGAAAGGAAAUGUCCAGUUGUACACAAGCUGCAUUGAAAAAGGAGAUUUAGGAUACUUGAGAAGUCUCCAAGCAGAAUCCGAAAUAGAAGCUCUUACGCUUCUUCAAAGGGAACCUGUAGGUGAAGAAUUAAAUGAAGAACAGCAUAAACAGACAGCUAACCAAAGCAACACAGCUUCAGAAUGUGUGUAUGUUACAUCCAACCCUGUAUUCAAUCCUGUGCAGCCUCAAGCAAAUGUAAAAGGCUGCAUUGUGGUUGAUACCACAAAGGACACAAACACCCAGAAAGCUUCACUUGGAUGCAAAGAAGAAAGAAAGGACAUCACUGUGAGUAACACAAUACAACGCAACACCGCAUUGCAGAAAUCUACAACAAGCAAAAACACUACUGGAGAAGCGGAGAGCACUACAUUGCUUAAAGAGUGUCAUGCCGGGGGUUCCAUGUCUAGUAUGGUGAAGAGCAAUUCUGCCAGUGAGACUGAUCUACAAGCUGCAAAGGAAACAAAUACCCAGAAAGCUUCACUUGGAUGCAAAGUAGAAAAAAAAAAGGACAUCACUGUGAGUAACACAAUACAACACAACACCGCAUUGCAGAAAUCUACAGCAAGCAAAAACACAACUGGAGAAGCGGAGAGUUCUACAUUACUUAAAGAGUGUCAUGCCAAGGGUUCCAUGUCUAGUAUGGUGAAGAGCAAUUCUGCCAGUGACACCGAUCUACAAGCUGCACUGUUAGAUCUAAAACAAGCCACAGCUGAAGCUAAGAGCAUUCAACAGGCACAAUGUAAGCUUCAGAAAAGUACCCAGGAGAUUCAACUUUCCAGCAAGCAAGUACAAGGAAAUACUGUGCAACCUGUUCAUGCUAAAUUAUAUCAAGAACAUGCCAAUGCCAAGCAAACAUCCAGUGUCACGACCAAAGUUCAAGAUACACGGUCAUCUUAUGCAAGUCUUCAGAAGUCUACGACAUCCACCAAAAAGGUCAGUGUUUCUGAGGAGCAGGAGCAGAAAGUAACACAGGAACAUAACCAGAUAUGUAGGGCAGAAAGUAGCAGUAUAAAAGAUGGUGUUGAGUUCCCCAUUCAAACAAAAAACUAUUUAAAUCCCUUUGUUGACUGUGAUUAUAAAACACAACUAGAGCAAGAAGAAAGAGAUCAAGAUAUUGUCAGGGGAGAUGUAAAGGCAGCGAUCAGAGCACUGCAGUAUGCUUCCACAGAGCAGAAAGAAGUAGAAAAGGAAGAAGUUGUAAGAGGUAAUUUAACAACUGCCCUUCAAUCUCUCCAAAAGUCUAACGUAAAUGUAUCAAAGGGUGACUUUAAGGCAGCUAUGAUAUACAGGAAUGCAGGGCAGUCUUAUGCUGCAUGUAAAAAAAAAAGUGAUGAUCAGCAGUUUAAAGAUCAGGCAAUGGUAACAUCAGUACAAUCAUUUGAUAAUGACUCUCCUCCUUCUCCAGCUGCUGUGACUGGACAAGAAAGAUGUCAACCUCCAAACACAAGUCAUUUAGAAGCAACAAAGGUGAAGGAUCCUACAACAAAGAUUCCUGAUUCCAUAGCAGAGGCAAGUGAUAAGACUCUAGAUAAUACACAUGCUCUAAGCACAUCCCAACCCCCACAAAGACAAAAGCCAGCCCUGCCCCCAAAACCAAAGCAUCUGUUGCCAAGUACACGUCCACCUCUGCGGCACAAAGCUAAGACUUCCUUGACCUCACCUUCAUCUCCAUCUUCUAAUCCUUUGACUAAAACUGAUGAAAGGAGUUUUAAAACAUUAACAGAUUCAGACAACAUGUCCAUACAGGUCCCAUAUGCAUGUGAUGCCCCAGCUAAACCAACUUGCAUUUACCUUUCUGCCAACGCAAGUGGAGAAUCUGAAAAAGAAAUGCUUAUACACAAUACACACAUGAUAUGCAAUGAAAGACAUAUGGUUACCUCUGAAAAUCAAACUUCCCAGGAUGAACGGACAAUCCAAGCCACUAAAAACAAAGAAGACUCAUUAAGUGAAUGUUGUACUUUUUCAGCUAAUGACUUAAAGGCUUGCACUGCCUCAUUACAACAAGAGAGACAAAUGGCAGAAGAAUAUAUGUAUAAACAGACACUGUGCCCAAAUUCAAAUAGUAAAGAUGAGGCACCAAAGAAGUCAGUUGGCACCAUGGCAGAAUCCAGAGACAGUUUUAAUCAAAACACGAACAAGGGUGUAGUCAUGAGAGUCAAGCAGAAAAGGGAAACAGAAGAUGAAAGGCGCAAAAGAUUAUCAGUACAUAGGGAUGAAAUAUUGAAAGACAAUGUAAAAGCAGCAACCGAUAUUUUUGAGAAUUUGAGAAAACAAGAUGAGCUUCAGAUGAUUUUGAAAAAAGUGAAAGAAUUAGAAGAAGAGACUAAAAAUGUGGAUGUAAAGUCCAUGAGGGGUUUAUUUGAGACGGUUCCAGAUUGGAUAGUCAACACCAAAGAAAAAGCAACCCCUCUUCAGAAGCAAAAGGAAAGCCAUAAAGACGGCAGUUUGGAGCUGCUAAAGGAGGAUGCAGAAAGUGUAUCAUCUGUAGAACUUGCCUUUGAGGACCUUGAAAAGGCAAGUGCUAAAAUCAAACACUUGAAAGAGCAGACAUUGGCACGACUGUUAGACAUUGAAGAAACGAUUAAGAAAGCACUCUUCUCUGUUUCAAAUUUAAAAUCAGAUUCUGACAUUGCAAGUCUUUCAUGUCUCUUCCGUGAAUCCCUUGGAACACCUACUGCAACCAAUAACAUCAGAAAAAUUAGCAUUGUUUCCAGUAAAGCAAAACCAAUACAACUUCUUGAAGAGGGGUAUAUCGACGCUGUAAACAAUCAAGAAAUAACAGAGAUUAAGAAGACAGGACUGGAGGUGGCCAAUACUUCCAGUCGCCUUUCUCCUACAUCUCCAUCUUUCAUUACAAUAGAAUCUGCUGCCAGAAAACCAACACAACAGAAUGGUAACUGUUCACCUUCAGUUGUGAUUUCAAACCAAAAUGAACACAUGUCUCAGAAUUUGGCAAGCAAUCCCAAACAAGGAGUGAGUGGUAGUGGACAGAAAGGACUCAAUUCACAAGAGUGCUCAGAUCCUUUCAACCAGUGGAGUAUUUCAUGUGACAAUGGCCGAUGUGCUUCAGCUGAGUUGCAGAAUAUUGCUGUAGUUCAUGAUCAGAACGCUCAGGUCAACCUCAACUCACCAUCAAGUCCCAAUUCUCAACGGCAAAAAAGUGUUCUUGAGUUGAAAACUGCAUCUGAUAGUCCCAAAGUAAUUGGAACAACUAUAGUGACUGAAAAAUAUGAAGAAUCUGAUCAGUAUGGCAACAAAACUAUAAGGUCCAAAACAUCUACCACGGUUACAAAGCAAUCGGACACUCAGAGCUCCUCAACCUUUGAGUUUGUAUCUGCACCGCCACGUUAUGAAGUGACUGCCUCUCCUCUUCUUAGGAGACAUUUGAUGUCAUCGGUGGAGAACUCUAGCAGCAAAGCAAAUGAGACUGGGGUUGUGUUCGUUACUUUUGGAAAUUCAAAACCAGCCAAAAAGUAAUGUGUUUAUAAAGAACCCAAGAACACAAUGUUUCUAAUCCGAAUAUGUCUGGCAACAUUAUGCUACAGUAGAUGUACAAGAUUAAGAUAUUUGAUUUAAUCUGAACAAUUGGUACCCACUGGGCAGAUUCUGGUUCAUAUACAGUCAUUAGGAAGAUUAGUGAAAACAGCAACUUGUAUUACAUGCAGUUUGAUCAUUGACAUGAAGAACCACAACCAUUUUGUGUAACAUAAGAUGUAUUGUAUAUAUAUUAUGUUUGAAACGACUGUUAUGUACAGAGUAAGCUGAAUACCAUCUUAAUGUUGCUAUUCAGCAAAUUGUAUUAAUGUGAAAAGCUGAACUUGAGAUGAUUCUGAACACGUCUUAGUAGAUGUCAUCCCUUUUUAGUGGACAUUAACUCAUUUUUUAAUGGUCUGUGUAAAUGAUACCAAUCUUGGAUUUGAUCAAAACCAUAUAAGUUUUUAUAAAGGAGUAGUCACAAGCUCAAAGUGCAGUUCCUUAUGGAAAAAAAAAUAAGUUUCUAAUGUCAAAGUACAUUCCUUGGAAUGACAUUCGACAUAAGUGAAGUACAGUAGUCCUAUUCUUCAUCUACAGCUAUGUAUUGUUAUCAUAAUGUUAUCCACCAUCCAGCAAAUUGCAGGGUGCUAGUAUUUAUAGAAUACUGUUUUACUCCAUGCAAUGGUGCACAUAGGGUAAAAAGUCCCUGAAGUUAAUUUUACACAUAAUGUUUUAUUUAAAAAAAAUAUAUAUGGCUCUAUGCCUUUUUAAAAUAAAUCCUCUUCAGGGAAAUGGCAAUUUAAUAACAUAAUAAAAUAAAAAAACACUCAAUAAAAUUAUAUUUUUCUUCACUUUAUCUUAGUUCUAAGAUUUUUGUAUGAUUUUCUUAACACAUGUUAAAAUGUUUAAAUAUUUUAGACCAUAAUUUAUUAUUUAUGAGAUCAAUUGUCAUUCUGUAUUUUUGUUUCUGUUUUAUGCAUUUUCAUUUAUAGAAGAUGUAUUUACCUUUGCAUAACAUUACUUUUCUCACUAAAUUCUUUUAUAUCCCUU